UAAAAUGAUAAUAUUUUAUCUACAGGAAAAUGCGCCUUACUUUCGCACUUUCUAAAAAUAAGACAUUCGAAGUUUUCAAAACUUGAUUUUUUUUCUAAAAAUAGCAUUGACUUCACAUCGUACAAAGGAACAAAGUACAUAAUGCCUGGCAAUAUCUACCAUAAACACCAAGACUACGAAAACUAUGAACACAGACUGGAUUCAUUCAACGGAUGGGCACAUGGGGAUAAAGUUCAACCUGAAGAACUCGCGUCCGCGGGGCUGUUUUACACAGGAACAUACGAUUUUGUAAAGUGUUUUUCAUGUGGUACUGGGAUACGUAACUGGAAACACGGCGAUGACCCCUGGAUAGUGCAUGCGCAGUCGCUUCCAAAGUGUAACUAUGUUGCAGAAAUAUCGAGGAAGAGGAGGAUAACGCACCUAACGGUUUGAUGCCUUGCCGAGUGUGUAUGAACAAGAAUUCAAACAGUGUGUUCAUAUCAUGUAGCCACAUGGUCACAUGUGAAACUUGCGCACCGGAAAUCGGCCAGUUUGUCGAGUGUGAAGUUCCGAUAAUUGAACGCAUAAGAGCGUAUACGCCAUAUAUGGCAUGACUACGAACUGAUACUAUCAACUGAACUGUAUAAAUAGAUGCAUUGACAGAUGUAACACUUCUAUUUACGCAUGUUUUUCUUUUUUUUUUUUAUAAAUGAACACUGUAUAGCUGAUACUUUCCGCCUGAUCAAAAUGUCUAUUUAUAGCACAUUAGUUAUUUAUACAUAGAUGUAUAGUUAUAUUUAGCUGUAUACACAAACACUGGGUUUCCAAAUACGCGAAUCGUUAGUUACUCAGCGUGAUUUAGUUUAAGGCAUUAGUUAACUCUAAAGCUCGUUACAGGUAAAACUACAAAUGAUAUUUUAUUCAUGAAAAUAAUUUUGCUGUUUAAGAUUUUAUUUUCGCACUAGGAUGGAUAGUUAUUCUUGUUAUAUGGUUUAUUGACAUCUAUUGGCUUUAUAUGUAAUGAUCUUAAUGAUAAACUAAAGUUAACCUGUA